GACCUGCGAUCAUAGUUAGGUAGAUCUAGUGAUCCAUCUUUACCCAACAUCUCUUUUCCCAGGCAAAUGUCUUAUGGGAAAGCUGAUUCAAUGGCUGCUCCAUUUCCAAGAGGAUUGGUACUUCUAACUGGGAACUCCUACCCCCAAUUAGCUGAAGAUGUCUCAAGGAGAGUGGGUGUUCGACUGUGCGAAGCAAAGGUGUUCAAAGAUACAGAUAAUGAGACCCAGGUCGAGAUAAUCGACUCUGUGAGGGGCAAGGACGUAUUCAUCAUUCAGACUGGCCACUACACAAGCAAUGAAGGGGAUUCACAAUCUGUCAAUGAUAGCCUUAUGGAGAUGCUCAUAAUGUGCUAUGCCUGCAAAACCGCGUCAGCUCGGAAAGUCAUAGGGGUGGUACCGUACCUCCCUUACUCUAAGCAGAGUAAGAUGCGAAAGAGAGGCUGUUUAACGUGCAAACUAGUCGCUUCUAUGAUGGCUAAGGCUGGGAUGUCGCAUCUGAUAACCUUUGACCUUUACGCUAAAGGAAUACAGGGAUUCUUUGAUUUCCCUGUGGAUAAUUUGAGGGGCUCCCCCUUCCUUAUUCAGUAUAUUCAGGAAAAUAUACCAGACUACAGAAAUGCAGUGAUUGUUGCACGCUACCCCGGAGUUACUAGAAGAGCGAAUGCAUUUGCCGAGCGACUGCGUCUUGGUCUGGCAAUGAUUCAUGGAGAGCCCAAAGACGUGGACCCAGAUAUUGAUGGUCGUAACUCCCCCCCUCCCGCGGAGGACGGCUUAGGAGAGAAAAGUACAGCCUCACUACCCUCCAUCACACCAUCCAAGAAAGAGGCAGUGGUGGUGGACAAGGAAAAGCCCCCUCUCAAUGUAGUUGGCGACGUGCAUGGUAGGAUUGCCAUCAUAGUGGAUGACAUCAUUGAUGAGGUGGGGGCAGUGAUAGCAGCUGCAAAGUGCCUACAGGAGAGAGGAGCAUACAAGGUUUACGCUGUAGCCACGCAUGGACUCUUCUCAAAGAAUGCCUGUGAGCUGUUGGAGGACUCUGCCCUGACAGAGGUGUUGGUGACAAAUACCAUCCUCCAUGACGAGCAUCAGAAACGAUGUAGCAAAAUCAAAGUGAUUGACAUUGGGCUGAUGUUAGCUGAAGCAAUUCGUAGAAUUUACUACGGCGAAUCAAUGUCUUACUUAUUCAGAAAUGUUCCAAUGGAAGACUAAUAAUUGCGCAAUUCAAUUAUCCUGUGUUAAUUUAAAUCAUUACACUUUAUUUACAUG